CUCUGCAAGAAGAAUUGGCCGCGCUCCCAGGGCCCAGCAACGCAGCGGCCGGAGCAGCGCCGGCUCACAUCCACAACGCCGAAGCAGAGGCACCGGAGGAAAUUGACAAUGGUGAGAACGGGGCGGAGCAACGGCCAGGAGGGUCCAGGGGCCGGCGGGCAACAGCGGCUCGCGUUCGGGCAGACAGGGGACGGGGGGGCACUCGUGCAGUCCGGGAGGCUUUCCAGGCGACCCCCGGCCGUCAGAUAAGCCACCGGCACGCCACCACUGCUUCACCUAACGCGCCUGACCCCGAGACCUUGGGCGUAACUGGUCACCUAGAUGCUCUUGCUGAAGAUUUCCUUGCCACCCAAGCAACGCCACUGCAGCACACCGGCCCUCCCGCCAUGCCCGGUACGGGGUCGCCGGCAAUCGCAAGGGCAGCGCCGGCGAGGGACGUGGGUGUGGCACCCAGCGCCGUAUCCGUCCCACCGACAGCGGUUGUACGGGCUCUCGAUCGCCUUGAGAACGCGGGCUUGAGCGAUGCAGCUCGCAAAGUACGGCGCCUCGCGAGCCUGGAGCUGGCAAGACGGGAAAUCAGGGAGCCUGUAUCCGCUGACGAGGCAGCGGAAGUCUGGAGGACGGUGCUAGAGCGGCAGCUGGCGGCUCUGCAGGACGAAGAAGACAGCGAACAGCACCAGCCUCAG